AUGGACUCACUAGGUAUGCCUGCUCAUCGUCUGCCCUCCUACCGCUUGCUAUCCUACUUAACUCUGGUAUCAGAACCUAUAACCCGCCGCGUCCCACUCGACAUCUGGGCGCUCAUCCUCUCCCUUCUCCCAGCACGUCAAUGCUGGCCCCUACGGUAUACCUGCCACGCCUGGCUCCUGCUGGUCGAAGAACACCUCACGCUUCUCUGGCUCAGACACGCAUGUGUGGACGUCAAGCUCGCCCCCUAUUUCCGGAUAUAUGAUGCGCAUGUUGCUGGGAUCGGGAGGGAUCCGUGGCCCUUAAGGAGGACAAAAAGCCAGUGGACGGCGUUCGACCGCCCUGAGACUGGAGAGCUGGACGCAGGAGCUUGGGCGACAUAUCCCACAGCGCAGCAGCAUGGGCAUAUGCACCAUGGAGCGUGGAGUGGGACGAGCACUCCCACGCCGGGUGCAGGGCGGAGGGCGAACCUUACAAAAAGUCUUUGGCUGCAUAAGGAGGUCACGUUCUCCCUUGCCCUUGGGGGAGAGGUCAGCCAACCAAUGAAGCUGCGGCUCAAGAUCCUGCCAUCUAACUCUGAUGCGGAGGAGCUUGGUGCCUGUCUCCAACACACUCCUGCUCGUGCACACGCUCAAGCGGGAUUCCCAUUCCACCACCAGGAGCCAGGUUCGAGAGAGGGCAGUCGGAGCCCAGAGCUAGGUGAAAGCAGGGAUAUGAUGUUACUUUCUGCCAACGGGAGGAGGAUUAGACUGGAUUGGAGGAGGUUGAUGGACAGGGCUUGCAGGCAGGGGAACUGGGGAGCACUGGUUCGCUGA